AUGUCCCUCCCAGCAUUGGCUGCUUAUUUUUCCCAGUGCGACGCUACCGACGACCGAGACCGAUUGUACGGGCUGAGGGCCUUGUCUACUGAUGGGUUUCUGUUGGAAGUCAGCUAUGCACGCAGCGUCGAGGAAGUCUACUUGCAUUACACACAGGCUUUCAUUGACCAUCACAAGUCAUUGGAAAUCAUAUGCUUCGCCUCUGUGUACAGUAGUUCCUUCAGUAACGGCUAUUCAUCCAUGUCUUGGGUGCCCGACUGGCGGCUCGAGAUGCAUAGCUUGGUAACCCCUCUGAUGGCCAGCCAGGGUUCAAGGACUCACAUCGGAAACAUGAGACCUCCUCUGAGUUUGGAAUACAGCGGAGUUCCGGCCGUCUACUCUGCUUCUCGGGACAGAGAGGCUGAGUAUAGCUUUCACGAACGAACGCUCACUAAAAAAGGAACCUUGCUUGACACCAUCGAUGGGCUAGCUGGGUCCAGGAAGUUUCCCUUUAUCCAAAGCUCUCACCAAAACAACUUAAGGUCAUCAACAAAGAAUUCUGUAGGCUUCAGUAGGCCGAUCGAGAUACUUCGAAGAAUCUGUAAAACACUCGUCCUGGAUCGCAAGAACCGCUAUCUGCAAUACGCCAUGCCUGAUGAGGAUUUCUUCCACGACUUCAUACGACUUUGCAGCCUCCGUAUGGAAGAUUCACCAGACCUCAUAGCACAGGAGUUCCAGGAAUGGUUCGACUGGACCCGCCCUCUUCUUAUCUGCGGACACACUUUCGAGAGUAUCGUGCGCGAUACCCUCAACAAUGACCCUGAGUUCAUCAGCAUGGCAGGGCCCCCGCCUAAUCAGGCCGAGUUCAUUCACGAUUCAUUUUUUGGAAGGCUUGUAGAUACGAUUGGGAGAAUGUCUUCGCGUCUGAUGGUCAGUUGUGAUGGACAUGUCGGCCUUGUACCGCAAAGGGCGAUGAAAGGAGACUUUCUCUGCGUGCUGUUCGGGUGCAGUGUUCCUGUUGUGCUGCGGAGGUAUGACGACACAGAUAGUUUUGUUGUUAUAGGAGAGUGCUUCGUCGAUGGGUACAUGGAGGGAGCUGGUGCAGAGCCGGGCUUGGCGUCGGAGAGAACAUUCUUGUUGACUUAG